AUGAUGCUUUCGCGGAGUGGCAGAGGGUCACUAGUGCGGUGCGUGGCUGUAGCCGUGCGCAGCUUCGCCGCGACAACAUCGCCGUUCCUCUGUUACUCCUCCUCGCGGAGAAAACGCCGUGUGUCUAGCGAUCAGCAUCGCGACAGUCUGCUGUGUCACACGGCAUCAACGACUGCACCUGCACCGGCGGCGGUGCCGACGCAGCGAACGCGUCCUCGUAGCGUUUUGAAACGGACAUCGCUGCUCGAGCAGCUCCGUGAUCGUAAUGAUGGCGAGAGCGGCACGGCAGAGCUGAGCAAGGUGCCAGCUGGCAGUGCCCUCGUAGCGUCUGGGACAGCAGCGUCGCUGGCGGCUCCUGUGCGCUAUCCUGCGGCCGCUGUGUCGCUGCCGUAUAUUAGCUCGUCCGAAUUCGUUAGUGUACCCCGCCCAAAGCAGCAGCAACAAGUGUGGUCGUCACAUGGAACGCACAGCACCGCAGCAGCAGCGCCUCUGUCCUCGCCCACUGCCUCUGCACAGCUGGAGCGGCAGCAGCAAGCCCUACGCGACGCCUUCACACACGCACGACAGUACCACAAUGUGCGUCUUGCCAAAGACCCCGGCGUCUACCGCGCAGAGUGCCGGGCUUUCCGCCAGGCCCACCGAGGUCGAUCGCCGACGCAGCAAGAGGUAAGUCGCACCGUUGCCGUUCCCUUGGCGCCGGUCGCCGCGCUCAAGACACUAGCCCACACGGAUGCCACGCGAUCCUCGCUGCACGCCGCGACCGAGGCCGCCGUGUUGCUGCACAGCGCCGUGGUGAAAAAUGAGCUCGUGAAGAGCAGCACGCCGCAGCUCGUCCGCUGCCUUCGCUGCUUUCACGUGUACAUAGCCCGCCCGCGAACGCUGUGGGGAGGCGAGGUGGAGCAGAGCGGCAUCGAGUACGAAAAGGCACAGAAAGCGCAUCGACUUCAGAGGCCGGCACCUGGCAAGCGUGCGAGGAGCGUGGGCCGGCGUCGACGCGCACAUGAAGAGGACCCGAUCUGCUGUCCAAAGUGCCGCAGCCCUCGCGCGCAGUGGAUGAUGGAGUACGUGCACCACCACACUCACGAGCGAGUGUGA